CAGGUGUAUGAACUAGAUAUUAAUAAUAAAUUUUUUUGGCUCUGAUUUUUUUUUUACUAACUAAAAAUAAAUAAUUAAAAACCCCAAAUUUUUUUUUUAAUUUUGAUGUUCUCCUCGACUUACCAAACUAAAAAAAAAGAAAGGUAGAUAAACCUGAUCAAAUAAAACCAAGCUUACCAGAUGCGGCCCCACGUAAGGUUAUAUAAAAAUAAAUUAUCGUUUUAUAAAACAAUUUUAAUAUAAAACUCGUAAUAUUCUUCUGGAAAUUUUUAAAAAAAAUAAUGACGGCACCAAACAAUCUAAAUGAGCUUCAAAAUGUCAAAGGGGAAGAAGGAAAGCGUUAUAUAAGCCCGGAUGUAAUUUCUUUCGAAUUAAAUCCCCACAAUGGUAAAGACCAUUUGAAAGUUCAUGUUAAACAAAAUAGUGAUUUUUUGAGCGACGAUUUUACUGUGGAAGACGCGUCGGGAAAAACUCAUCAAAGAGGAAAGCAAUAUAAAGGAUGGACUUACACUGGAAACGCUAAGGACUCCAAAGGGGAAGAAUAUUUUGCCAGUUUUACCGGAUUUUUUGGACUCAACGGAAUUAUAAAUAAAGGUGGAAAACAAUAUGAUGUAAAGGCCAAAUAUGAUGAAAGGGAUGAACACGGAGCCAGUGCCGGAAUCUUGCCGGUUGAAAUUAUGGAAAAACUAGAGACACCUCGAGGUAUCUGUGGAGUUAAAAAAUAAAACUUCGGAGGCCACGGAUUUAGAAUAUUAGAUAUAAUUUAUUUUUUUUAAAAAAUUAGAAAAAUAUAUAAUUUAUAAGUUUUUUUUGCUUUUCUUCUAAAUUUAAAAUUAUAUUAAUUUAAAAUUCAAUUUUCAAAAUUUAGCAAUAACAAUUAUAUUAUAUAAAAUAAAUUAAACUCCUUU